AUGGGAAAUAGAGAUCUGACAAUCGCAGAAUCACCAGCUGAACAGGAAUUACCUGUAGAUGUAACAGUCGAAAGUAUCCCACCACAAUCUCUUUCCACGUCAUCUUCAUCCAUUCCAUCUGCUAACAUAAAAUAUGAUGAACUGGAACCAAGCAUGUUGGAUAAUUUACCAUCACAUCAGAAGCAUAUAAUGGGUAGAUUGGACAGCAUCCGUAAAAACAAGCAGCGUAUUCUAUCUACAUUACGUGAACUUAAAGAGAAUACAAAAGAAGGAGAGUUUCCAAAUAAAGAAAUGAUGAGUAAAAUGAUUGCAAGCUAUGAUGCACUCAGUGCACAAGAAGAACAAUACGUCCAAUUAAUGCAGAAAAUUGUUAGUUUACAUAAAAAUGCAGCUGACGAUAUACAACAUGAAAAUGAAAGAAACAGCGAAAAAUUGAUACGGGAUGAUAGUAACACUAACGAACUGAGGGAGAAUACUGAUGAAUCAAACCACAAAUUAUCUGAUGAAGCAAUCAAUAAUGAUCUAGAAGAAAUGAAUAGUGAAUUAUCAAAACUAGGAGUUGUAACAGGAAAAGCAGUUGCCGUCUCGAUCAUGAAUGAUAAAUUACUAGAAACAUUACAAUUGCAUCGUGAAAAGAAGGCUACGCUAGAAGAACUACAUCGAAGAAAACGAGAAACUCAAAAAGGUAUAGCAGAUGAGACAUUGCAACAAGUUGAAACAGCUCGCUUGAAAGGUAGAGCUGUAUAUUCAAUUUUAGUUUACAUUCUGGAACUCGUCCAGAAAUUUUGA